AAGAAUGGCUGCAGCAUUACAGAAGGAGGAGUCAAACAAUCUGAGGUUCUAUUAUCUGAUGAUGAAGGUAGCACCCCAGGCAGUUAGGAUUAAAUUUAACUCAGAAUUUGCUCCUAUUGUAUUACAAAAAACUUUAUACCAGAACAAAGUUAAACUUAACAAACUAAAGAUGGAAAAAGUAAUCAAUGCAGCUCAAUGGGAACAUUUAUUUCCUAGAACCGGUAAAGCAUCAUCAGAGAACUUCGAUUGUUCAUUAAUGAUCUGUUUAUUAAGGAAUCUUGCUGAUAUACCUAUAGUGGAUAUACACCCUGAUCCCAACAGUACAACAGAUGGAGCAAACCUAUCUAGAUUGAAGUAUUUCAGGAACCAGUUUGCGCAUUCCACAGAGUGUUCAAUGUCUGAUGAAAUCUUUGAAGUAAAGUGGAAGGAAUUAAGUGAGACAAUUCAAAGAAUAGGUGGAAACCAAUUUAAACAGACAUGUGAGGAAUUAAAGGUGACUAAGUUAGAUGAAAAGGAUAAAGAACUUCUUCUAGAAUUGAAAAACAGUAAAAGGAAAGACCCAAUGCCAGAUGGACUUAAUAACAUUAACAAAGAAAUUAUUGAAGAGUGGAAGGCAGAAAAAAGCAAAGUUGUUGAGACAAAAGCAAUCAAAGAGUUAUCAAGAUCAGUUAAAGAAGAAAACAUUGUAGCUGUGAUUGGACCUUCAGGAUGUGGUAAAUCCACAGCCAUCCACUACAUUGCUUUAAAUUUAAAUGAGGCAGAUAAUUAUGCUAUAGUUCCUGUUGCUUUUGCUUCAGACUUAAUUCAAUUUUAUGAUCCUAGUAUAAACCAGAUUUUUGUGUAUGACGAUGUUUUUGGCAAAUUUUCUGUAGAUUUGCAAUUAAUAUCUGGUUGGACAACUUUGUCGAAGAAGAUUAAGAAAAUUUUAGCCAAGAACCAUGUCAAAGUUGUAAUGUCAUCUAGGUCACAAGUCUUUAAGCAAAGACAAAUAAGGAAUAUUAAGAUUGUUCAAACUACUGUUUGUGAUUUUACUUCAUCAGUAUUUGCUAUGACAAGUGAAGAAAGGAGGGCAAUAGCUGAAAUUUAUCUGCCAAGUAAAGAAGUUGAGAAUUUGAAAUUAUUACCAGACUCUGACUGUUUCCAUUUUUACCCCUUGCUGUGUCAACUGUAUUCCAGGAAAACUUCUGUCGAAAUUUACAGAUUCUUUUCAAAUCCAGUUGAGGUAAUCAAUGACGACUUGUCAAUGAUAAAGGAAGAGAAUGAUCAGACAACAUAUGGAACAUUAGCCUUGUUUGUUUUGUUCAAUAAUUGUAUAAGUGACGGUAUGUUGUCCAGAAAUGAAAAAUUUAGGCAAGAUUUGCAAGAAAUCUCUCAACAAUGUAUCAUGCAGUCAAAUUUUUCAGAAAAAGUUGUAGAAUCUCAGUUAAAUAGUUUAAUCUCAUCAUAUGUGAAGAAGGUUGGUUGUCAAUAUAGCAUAAUUCAUGACAAAAUAUUUGAUAUUAUUGUAUCAUUUUAUGGCCACAAUAUGUUUGAUGUAGUUCUUGAAUUAGCACAUGCUGAGAUCAUUCGGGAUAGGUUUCAGUUUGAAAUACUUGGAGAAAGUAUGAGUGAAUGUAUUAUCAAAGUACCAUCUCACAAUGAAUCUAAUUACCUACGUCGCUUAUGCAAAGACAUCAACAAUGGUGAUUCAAAAUGUGUUUUCUCAAAUAGACAAUUAGAAUUUAAAACUUUCAGAGAUCUUUUAAUAGUGUACCUAGAGAAAAAUAAAGCCAUUGUAGAUGAAACUUUAAUGUACUUAUCAGAUAGUUUUGAAUCACCAAUGUUAGAUGUAGCUGGUCAAGGCUAUUGUGAUCUAGCAAACAUGUUAAUAAGAAUGGGAAUGAAUGUAAAUGCGCGUGAUCAGGAAGGAAGAACUCCAUUAUACAGAGCAUCAGAAUCUGGUCAUGAAGAUAUGGUCAGUUUAUUAUUGAAAAACGAAGGUAAUUAUAUGUUAACCAGAGAUGACUCUCUGAAUGAGGGAGAGUCACCAUUAUUUGUAGCCUCUAAAAAAGGUCACAAAAAUGUAGUUAACUUAUUUUUAGACUAUGAUUGUAAUCCAAAUAUUUGUACAGACAAUCAGGAAAGUAGUUUGCACAUAGCCUCUCAAAAUGGUCAUCUAGACAUUGUGAAAGUUUUGUUGAGGAAAAAGGCAAACCCUAAUUUGAACGCUGUGCAUGGUGUGACGCCUCUCUAUAAAGCAGCAGAAGAGGGGCAUUUUAAUGUUGUAAAAUAUUUGUUGGAACACCGAGCUGAUUCAAACAAAAUUACUGCAGAUGUGGAAUCUCCUCUUUUUAUUGCUGCUAAAAUGGGAUAUUAUGAAAUCGUUCAUAUUUUGCUUGAAUAUGGAUCAAAUAAAACAACAAAUGGAUGUAAUUUGGAUGGAAUGUCUCCUCUUUAUGUAGCUUCAAGGGAGGGUCACACAAAAAUUGUAGAACUUCUUUUGAAAAAGGGUGCAAUCCCAAAAAAUUCUACCUAUACAACUUUGUCUCCAUUGCAUGCUGCAACGGACAUGAGGCAUAAUGAAAUAGUUAAAUUAUUACUCAACCACAAAGCUGAUCCUCGUCAUUGUAAUCAGGAUGGGGUAUCUCCAAUGAUGGCUGCAUCUCAGAGAGGAUAUGAAGAUACAGCUGAAAUUAUCAGACAGACAUUGUAAAUAACUAAUUUUUAAGUUAAGAUUUGGGAGUAAUUGAGUACUUAUUAUGGAUUCUUAUUGAAUUGUUAUCAAAGGUACCAGGAUUAUAAUUUUAUAGCCAGACGCGCGUUUCGUCUUCAUAAGACUCAUCAGUGAUGCUCAGAUCAAAAUAGUUAGAAAGCCAAAACAAGUACAAAGUUGAUGAGCAUUGAGGACCCAAAAUUCCAAAAAGUUGUGCCAAAUACGUUUGUAAAAGUCAAUACAUUUGUAAAAAUCAAUUCCUGUUGACUAUCAAAUUUUAAUUGCGUAAUAUCCUGUUAACGAUUAUAUCUAUAUAUUUUUUUGUUUUAUCGUAAUGCAUUUUUAAAAUCUACUUGCAAAUUAUUUAUAAGUUAUGUUAUAUACCUAUUAUUGAAUCUCCUAUUUUAGCAUGUAUUCAAGUUCAGGCAACACCAAUAUUUGAAAUUCUUCAGUCUUUGAAUGAUCAAUUCAGUAGUAACAAUGGUUUGAAUAAAUAAACAGUUCAAAUGAAUCUGUAAAAGAUAUUUUAUGAUCGGCAGCUUUGGCUCCCUCAACAAAAGGUUUAUUUACAGUUUACAAUAAAAUUGUUAUUAGUUGACUAUGAUACUUGUUUUUUUGAACAAUGUGUUCAGACCCUUGUUUUGAAUGUUGGUUAACCUGUUAUUUUUUGUACCAUAAUUUUCAUUGAAUUAUUUCAAUAAAUAAAUUGAAUGCAAAGAUGUCAUUGCUUUUUAACGGUAAAGGUCUGUCUUGUUCUGUUUUCAGUUAUCAAGUGCUUAUGAAUGAUUUUUUUAGGAGGGAAGAUAACAAAGGGGCAAUAUGUAUUGCUCUCUGCUGUUAACCAUGACUGAGUCUCAUGUUGUAAUUGUAAAUAUCUUUUUUUUGCUAUAGCAUAUCUAAUGUUUUCUUCAAUAAAAUAUUAAUUUAUUCACUCAUUCUAUAGAUAAAAUCAUAAUUCCAAUAAAACAGACAUCAGCAUUGCUUAACGUUGUCAAGGUCAAACACACAGUUACUGCAGUCAAUAUACCAAAUUAUGGUCCAGUUGUCAAUGUUUGACAUCUGCCAUAAUUAUUUUUCGUUUAAUGUUGAUACUGAAAUCAGGCCAGUGGUUUUCUCUUUUUAAUUGUUUCAAGUCUAAGUGUCUUUCAUAGCUUAGUUACUAUACAGUACAUGUUUGCUUAUUGGGCCAUAGAGGGAUAUGUAGUUGCUUACAUCCUUGCCCUGGCAAUCAUACCACAUCUCCAUACAUAUUUUGUUCUAUCUAGGAUCUGAAAAGUAGACGAGCACAGUAACAUGUUAUGUUCCUGCUUUAUAGGACAGUUGGACUACUUGUGCUAUCGUUUGUAUUGCUAUCUUGCUAUAUAUGUAUAAAAUAUACACACUGCAAUUUGUUUUCAAUGCACUAAGCUAAGUGGCAAAUAAAUGAAUAACAUAUAACAAACCAAUAAAAGGUAUCUUACAAUUACAAGAGUGUCAAUGAAUAUUUGGAAGGUUCUCCACACUUUGCUCACUAGUCUUAUUUCUAUUUUACCAAAGUACUGAUAGUCUUGCAGCCAGAUUGACAAGACCAAUCUGAUUAAAAUUCAAAUCUUUCAAAAUUCAGAUUCAGUAACUUGCUUACUGUCAUGAGAUAAAGAAAUUAGAGAUCUAUAUUUUUACUAAAUUGAGGCAAGACAUAGCUUAUAUUUGUAAAGAAUUUUAUUUUUACUACACUUUUUCAUUAUUUAUAUUUAAAUGAUUUAUUUUAGAAAUGAUCUGUUUGUUUUCUUUUUGUUUAUAUUAUUUGUGAUUUCCUUAUUCUGUAUUUAUACAUACAUGUUGAUUGCAUUAAUUGUUGAUGUAUUUACAGCUUGAUUGUCUAUUAAUUAGUGGUGCAUAA